CUGUUCAAUCGGCGCUGGGAGCUGCGGCUGGGAAGCCGAGCGCAGCUCGCGGAGGAGGAGGAGGAGUGGUGGUGCGUGGGUGCUGGGUUUCCCCCCCCUUCCAUUCCUCCCCUUUCCUUUCUCCCUCCCCUUUCCCAGCGCGAUCCUAACUCUGCAACCGCAACCAACCAGCCGCCCUUCUCCUUAGCAAGCGAAAAGUUGCUCCUAGAUUGCCGUCGUCGGGCUGGGCGAAAGAAAGGCGGACUUACAAACCAGAGACUGAUUGUUGUUGCUGUAUAUCUGUUUUCCCCGCGUCUCUUCCUGCAAGAGGGAAAACACACAAACACGCAGGAGCAGCUUCGGGGGAUUUUUCCGCGCCCCCCUCCUCCGGUCUUUUUUUCUUUGCCUUUUGCCAGCGGGUUUCUGGCAAAGGGGUGGCGGGGAAGGAGAUGACAGAUCGCUCUGAUUUUUUGCAUCACAGUCUCCGUUAGAGCGAAGGGGAAGGAAGCAUCGCGGGCCCAGAGUGACAUAGAGAGUGUGUGAGUCUAGCUCUUUCCUGGGCUGGGCUUGGAUGCGACGAGGCGGCGAAGAAAGUUUCUUCGGGCUAGCUGGCCCCGCGGAGUCUUGGACUCUGGAGUGAGACGGCGAGGCAGCGAGCCGCCCUCCUCCUCCGAGCCCCUCUCUCCACCGGGAGAGGAGACUCUCCCACUCGAGCCCAGCGCUAUGGCUGGCGAGCUGAGCAUCGGCCCCGAGCUGCCCACCAGCCCCCUGGCCAUGGAGUACGUCAAUGACUUUGACCUGAUGAAAUUCGACGUGAAGAAGGAGCCCUUGGGCAGAGCCGAUCGUUCCGGCCGGCACUGCACGCGUCUCCAGCCGGCCGGCUCGGUCUCCUCCACCCCCAUCAGCACUCCCUGCAGCUCGGUGCCCUCCUCGCCCAGCUUCAGCCCCACCGAGCAGAAGACGCACCUGGAGGACCUCUACUGGAUGGCUAACAGCUACCAGCAGAUGAACCCGGAGGCGCUCAACCUCACCCCAGAGGACGCAGUGGAAGCCCUCAUCGGGUCCCACCAAGUGCCCCAGCAGCUCCAGGGCUUCGAGAGCUUCAGGGCCGCCGCCCAUCAUCACCACCACCACCAGCAUCAUCACCACCAGUACGCGGGGGUCACCCACGAAGACCUGUCCGGCAACGGACACCCUCACCACAACCACCACCACCACCACCACCCUCACCAUCACCAGGCCUCCCCGACCCCUUCCACUGCCUCCGGCUCCUCCCAGCAGCUCCAGAACCCGCACCAGCCUCACCCCUCCUCCUCGUCCUCCUCUUCCUCCUCUUCCAGCAGCGUGGAGGACAGGUUCUCCGAUGACCAGCUGGUCUCCAUGUCGGUGCGAGAGCUCAAUCGGCACCUGAGGGGCUUCACCAAGGACGAAGUGAUCCGCCUCAAGCAGAAGAGGAGGACCUUGAAGAACAGAGGCUAUGCCCAGUCUUGCAGGUACAAGCGGGUCCAGCAGAAGCAUCACCUGGAGAACGAGAAGACCCAGCUCAUCCAGCAGGUGGAACAGCUCAAGCAAGAAGUCAAUCGGCUGGCCAGAGAAAGAGACGCCUACAAGCUCAAGUGCGAGAAACUGGCCAGCAAUGGCUUCCGAGAGGCCGGAUCCACCAGCGACAACCCAUCUUCUCCCGAGUUCUUCAUAACUUUAACCUGGACUUUGCAAAGGAAAGGGACGGGCCCUGGACAUGCCACCUAGAAUUAUCUGCUCUGGAGUUGUGUGCGUGUGUUUUUAAACAAAUAAAAAAAAUACCGAAGGAAGAAAACAAGAGGGGGCAAAAUACACAAAUUACCUGGAAAAGAGGAGAGGACAAUGUACGCAGACUCCUCCUAUGUUGCCUGCCUUUGAGAAAGUGACUGGGACGUUGCCAUGCAAGAGAGGAAAAGGGAGAGGAGGAGAGAGGAAACUCCUCGGUUUUAUUGCCUGCUUGAUUAUAGAGAGAGAAAAAAUACGAAAAAUCUGCAUUAAGAAUAUUAAUCCUGCAUGCUGGACAUGUAUGGUAAUUUCUAUUUUGUACCAUUUUCUUGUUUAAACUUUUCGCAUGUUGUUGAUCAUCGACCAUAGCUGCUUCUUCUGUUACCGUUCCUUUUCUUUCAUUGAGUAAGGAAAUGUCAACAGUUAUAUAUAUAUACAUAUAAAUAUAAAGUCCUCUUUUUCUACUGCUCAUGCAACUGUUUGUUCCUAGUUCUCUAUUUCUUUCUUUUCUUUUUUAAAAUAAAUAAUCUGGGCUCAGUCCACCUGGAACUUCACCUCUUCAUGUCCCAUUGAAAGGAUUAGGACUGCUCUUGGUGGAUUGGGCCCUCUGUUCGCUUGUAAAUAUCAGCCACAUCAACCCGCACAGGGCAAAUCAUCAUAACAUUUCAGCAAGCUGUGGCUUUUUGAAGGUUUUGGUCGUUCUUUAGAGAAAUAAUACACUUACAAAAAGAGAACGAAAAGGAAAAUGAUAAAUUCUGGGCAUUUUUUGCAUUCAGAAAACAACUUUGUAUAUUUGGUGCACUUUUAGAAGCUGUAACUUUCUUUUAAUUGUUUUAGUUUUCAUUUUGGUUUUUGUUGGGGCAGAGAAAGUGACAAGCCUAACCUCUUAACACCCCCCCCAUCUUAAAUAUACUUUAGAAGUCAACUCUUCCGAAAUCACUGGGGUUGACCUCCUGAUCUGUGUGGUUAGAAAGUACAAGUUCCUCUAAAGUAAAUUGGACUUGACUUGCAAGUGUGUUUAGGGGUGUCCUUCAGAAAGCUAAAAGGCUAGUAAUCUAGGAAGAAUAUUUUUUUAAUAUUAAGCUGGGUCGCUUAACCACAGUCCAUCAGUCCAUACCAAUCUUCCGUUUGGGGCUACCCGAUUUUAUCACACACUCAGGAAAAUAAGAAAGGGUUAGGACUUUGCGAUUAGUUCCCCGCCGCCCCCAGCAACAAUUGGCCGCUUCAUUCCUUAAAGCUGCGAGUCAGUUUCAGUGGCUGCGUCCUGAGCAGCUCACGUGCUUGCGUUCUGAUUGGAGUUAAGUUGAUCAGAGGAAGCGUAUGAAUGGAUUCUGAAUGCAUUAAAAAGGCUCUUUUUAAAAAUGGUUUUGAAGACCGACUUCACUUUUUCAAGUAUAUUCUUUUGCAAUGUUUAAUCUGCUUCUAUAUGCAGCCAGUGAGAGUUUAGCCAAAUUUCUUCGCAUCUGCUAAUAGUCAAUAGUUUGGAGUCGUAUGGGUGUUUUAUUACUCCCCCCCCUUUCUGGUGUUCGUUUUUUUUCCUCCUGCAGGUCAGUAAAAGGAUUUUACGUUGCACUGACAAAAAUACCAAAAUGAAAACCUUUAUUUUUUAGUUUUCUUUUAGGGUUUGCUGGCACUGCUGGCCGGAUGCAUUUUAAGUUUGUAUUAGUUUAUAAAUUAACAGUAAUACCAAGAAUCGUGAAAAAUGAAGAGCAUGGUGCUUGCCGUUUUAAAUAUUGUGGAUAUUAAUAGUCAUGCAUCAGAAGAAGAAAAAAAAUACCCCUCUGAGCUUUUGGGUUUUUACGGAUUCAACUGUGUUGAAGUCGCAACAUUGCAGCAGCAGCAGAGAGAAAAAAUGUUUUUAUUUCAUGUAAACGUUCUGAAGGGAUCAAUUUAAAAUCCUGCUUAUGAUAUGAAAAAUAUUAAAAAACCCUCUUGGUCUUAUUGUAGUUUUA